CCUGGUCCCGCCUCUCCUACCCCUUGUGCUCAGCGCUACCUGCCGCCCGGCCACAUCCAGAGCAGGAAGGCGGGUGCGCAGGCGGUGGGCGGCGGGCACCAUGCAGGGAGGCUGCCCAGGGCCGCGGGCAGCGCCACUCUCUGCCGCCCACCUGGCGCUGUGAGACUGGCGUGCCACCAUGUUCCCCAGCCCUGCACUCACGCCCACGCCGUUCUCGGUCAAAGACAUCCUGAACCUGGAGCAGCAGCAGCGCAGCCUGGCCGCCGGGGAGCUCUCCGCGCGCCUGGAGGCCACCCUGGCGCCCGCCUCCUGCAUGCUGGCCGCCUUCAAGCCCGAGGCCUACUCCCGGCCGGAGGCGGCGCCUGGCCUCCCAGAGCUGCGCGCGGAGCUGGGUCCUGCGUCUUCGCCCCCCAAGUGCCCGCCUGCUUUUCCCGCCGGCCCCUUCUAUCCGCGAGCCUACGGCGACUCCGACCCGGUCAAGGACCCUCGAGCGGAUAAGAAAGAGCUGUGCGCGCUGCAGAAGGUGGUGGAGCUGGAGAAGCCGGAGGCGGACAGCGCGGAGCGUCCCCGGGCGCGACGACGGAGGAAGCCACGCGUGCUCUUCUCGCAGGCGCAAGUCUAUGAGUUGGAGCGCCGCUUCAAGCAACAGCGGUAUUUGUCCGCUCCGGAGCGCGACCAGCUAGCCAGCGUGCUGAAGCUCACGUCCACGCAGGUCAAAAUCUGGUUCCAGAAUCGGCGCUACAAGUGCAAGCGGCAACGACAGGACCAGACUCUGGAGCUGGUGGGGCUGCCCCCGCCUCCGCCGCCGCCUGCCCGCAGGAUCGCGGUGCCGGUACUGGUGCGCGACGGCAAGCCGUGCCUAGGGGACUCGGCACCCUACGCACCUGCCUAUGGCGUGGGCCUCAACGCCUAUGGCUAUAACGCCUACCCCGCCUACCCCGGCUACGGUGGUGCGGCCUGCAGCCCGGGCUACAGCUGCGCCGCGGCUUACCCCGGUGCAUCUCCCGCAGCGCAACCCGCUUCGGCUGCAGCCAAUAGCAACUUCGUGAGCUUUGGCGUCGGGGACUUGAACGCUGUGCAGAGCCCCGGUGUUCCGCAGGGUAACUCGGGAGUGUCCACCCUGCACGGUAUCCGAGCCUGGUAGGGAAGGGACCCGACCGGAUCCCACCUUAGGAGAAGGGCAUUGACUCUGGGGAGAGGAAGGGCCCCCGCCACGACCCUGGCCCUGCGUCCUUGGGUUUCACAUUUACUCCUGGGGAGGGGGGGGUCUUGGAACUUUUUCCCGCCUUAUUUACCUUUUCCCCAGGCGCGUUCACACAGCCUGCGGUGAGUGAUCGCGCAGUCUGGUGUCUUGGUUACUGCCCUGGGAGUGCCCUCCGAGCGCCCAAGGGCACCUCCGACUGACCCAACACCAGCGAUUCGGGACCGAGAGCCCGGAGGCGCGCGGGCCUAAGAUCCAGCCGCUUUUUCUCGAGCCUGGGCCGGGUGCCUGGGAUCUUGCUGCCUUGUUGCUGCCC